UGACUGUCAGCUGACCUCCUCACAUGACCCGCAGACUCCGUCCGCACCGAGCUGAUCCGUCCUGCCCGUUUUCUCCGUUAAUCACCGGGACACCUGCAGCUCCGGGAUGGCCGGCCGCGGUAAGCUCAUCGCCGUUAUCGGGGACGAGGACACGUGCACGGGCUUCCUGCUCGGCGGCAUCGGCGAGCUGAACAAGAACCGAAAACCGAAUUUCCUGGUGGUGGAGAAGGACACGAGCAUCACGGAGAUCGAGGAGACCUUCAAGAGCUUCUUGGCGCGUAACGAUAUCGGCAUCAUCCUGAUCAACCAGUUCAUCGCCGAGAUGAUCCGCCACGCCAUCGACGCCCACAUGCAGUCGAUCCCGGCCGUGCUGGAGAUCCCGUCCAAGGAGCAUCCGUACGACGCCUCCAAGGACUCCAUCCUGCGCCGGGCCAAGGGCAUGUUCUCGGCCGACGACUUCCGAUAAACGGCGUCAACCUGCGACGUUGCUGAUGUGUUGUUGUUGUGAUUAAUAGAUGAGCUGUCAGUGUAUUGAUCAUCCUUGUUCUGUGUUUACUUUGUCCUCCUGCUCAGAGCAGCUGAUUGAUGAACAGUUUCCUCGUGACUCGCCGUCAUUCUGUUGUUUUUAGACCAAACCGAGCUGAUUCAUGUUUACUUCCUCUCAGCUGUUUUCUUUCCUGUUUCUUCCAGAUGUGUUAACUUAUGAAACUUUAACAGAUGUUGGAUUCAAUAAAUUGUUGUUGGUUGUGAAGUG